AUUGAACUAUUGAAAAUGGAGAAUCUCUUCCCAGCACUCGUCGCCGUCCUUGCCGGUCUGGCCUUCCUGUAUCGCACCAGAACCUCAUCUACAACCCCUCCCAAGGCUAUUCCUUCACCUCCUACACCAGCAGAAGUAGAAAUCGUCUCCAAAGAAUCCGACUUCCCACCAGAUUGGCUAACAUCCAGCCAACUCUUUGAACUGGAGCGGCGGGCCAUCUUCAGCAAGACCUGGAUCCCUCUAACACACAAAACCCACUUCCCAUCGCCAGGCUCAUACCACACAUACAAUCUAGCCAGCAUCCCCAUCCUACUCAUCAAGGGUAAAGACGAUAAAGUCCGCGCCUUCCACAACGUCUGCCGACACAGGGCGUAUGCCGUUGCAACGCGGGAGUCUGGCACCUCCACGGUCCUGGGGUGUCGGUAUCAUGGGUGGAGCUAUAAUGCGAACGGGCAGUUAAUCCGGGCGCCGCAUUUUGAUGGCGUUGAGGGGUUUGAGAGGGGGGAGAAUGGGCUUUUCGAGGUUGGGGUUAAGGUUGACGGGCAGGGGGUUGUUUGGGUUAAUUUGGGGAGCUGUGAUGAGAAAGAAGAUGGUAGCAUAAGUAUAAAUGGCAAGAUAGGUGGUGGAUGGAGGUGGAUUGGGGGAGGGAAGUUGGAUGGAGCGUUCAACUGGAAGGGAGCUUUGACACCCCCUGACCUGGAGAUGGUGCCUGGCUCGUUCAUCCAGAGUCUGCUUCAGCCAAAGUCCGAAUCGACUCAUCUCUUCCCGAACAUGUUCAUCGUCACUAUCCCCAGGUCAGGCUGCUGGCUGUCUCUAAGCCUUAUUCCAGUAUCUGAGCGAGUAACCUCUGUUCGAUACGAUGUGUACGGUGCUGCGAAUAGGAAAGACGAAAGAGCCCAGGCUGUACUUGCAACUAUCGAAGAGAAGGUAAAGAGCAGGAUCUCCAACUUAGAAACGGAGUAUCAGUCCUGCCUUAACACUGGUUCUAUACUUCCAGGGCUUGAUCUAGAGCAUUCAGACACACAGAAACAGAUCCUUUCUCUUCUCAAAGCACAUGCUAAGCUCGAAAAAUCCCGUGGAGCAGAGAUCUAUCCCGCGAGAAGAGAGCCGCGGAUGAAUGUCAAAUACCAGCAGGCUGAGCAGCUAUGUCAAGAGCUGGACUGUGAUGCGUCUCACAAGAGUCUUGCAUGGUAAUGCCUCGACGUUCAGGUGGUUAGGUUGAUACACGAAGAGAAUUAUUAGUAUUUAUAACUAGCAUAGCUUUUAAUUCAUUACUCAUGAUUUUGAGUGUUCCCUCAUCGA